AUGUCGUGGUUGGCCACCAUAGAAGCUUUUCGGAAAGCUUCCGCUGUUGUUGACAGUGGCUUUUCGGAGCGGCGCGUGGAGCGCGCUGCGGAGGUCGGGAAGGCGAUUCUACGCAGCUCGUGCAAGGAUUUCGUCCAGGAGGACCUGGAGGCGCCCGUCCUGUGCGAUUACGCAUGCGACGGCACUCCGUUGAUCACGUUCAGGCACAUGCGAGCCGAGCUUCCUAGCGGGGCCAGUGUUCGCAGGGCGGGGGCCGUCCGGCAUAAAGAGUUUUACAAUCAGAAAGCAUACGUCGCUAGAGUCGACCAGGGUGAUCUCCAGAUGCGGGCGCGGGCUUGCGGGGGCAACGUUUUUUAUUUCGAUCUUAUCGUCCCCGAGGACCUGUGCAACGCGAUCGAGUCCUUGCGCAACUCCUUCGACGCGCUCGCGGCGAAUCUCGGGUUCCUCUUCGAGAACAUCGCUUUCGAGUGCUCGGGGGCCCCGGCAUGCGAGGCCAGCGCUUUCUGGGAAGCUCUUGGGGUCGACGGCGAGCUUCUUCACAUUCUGGUGAAGAUGGAUCUUCGUUUCGUUGCUGGCCAAGUAGUUCUAUCACCUGACAUGCGUGACCAUCCAGACCUGUACCAGCUUCUGCGCGCAGUGUACAUGUCGGUGUUUCGAUUCAAAAAGUUUUCCACAUCAAGGUGGCUCUGCGUCGGCAGCUCUAUGCGGACCCUCGUUGCAGCGUGGUGCAUCGGGUUGCCGAGGCUCGUUGCCAGAGUCCAACAGAAGGGCGAGGAGAGCGGCUAUUACACCAACGGCUUCGACAAGUUGAGAUUUGCGGUCGUGGCUGCCGCGGCCGGCCGCGUGGCAGACGCGCCGUUGCAGAUCCUCAUGGAAGAUGAACGUUUGCGCCAUAGGGUCGGCGACUGCGAGCGCGCGGUCGAGGACGCCAUGCUCUGGAUGGAUGCGCUGCCUGAGUACGCCUGGCACCGAUUGGCCACCGCGGUCGGGCCAGAGGGCACGGCGGAAUAUGUUCGACAUGCGUGCUGCCGCUCUGGCCACAUCCAGGGCGGGUACAUGUGGCGAAUGGCCUGGUCCCAGAUGCACAGGCCUCCAUGGAGUUUUUUCUCUGAGCCAGACCCAGACGUUGCGCUUGCGAAGCUCCGCGCCCCUGGCGGUGCCGAACAUCCGCAGCUCGCGCAGCUACUUGCGUUGGAGACCCUGCUCGGAGUCUCCACUGCCACGUUGCACGACGCUCACCAGCUGGGGCGCCAGGUGCACGUCGCCACUGUGGGCGUUGAGCAAAUGCACGGGACAUCUGCCGCCAUCCGACUCCAGCAUCGACGGCUGGGGCCAAACGUGAUGCAGUGCCACGCGUUCAUCGCCCUCGUCUCGCAGCUCGUCAGCACGCCCGCCGCUACCGCCGCCGACAGAAAGGAGCUGCAAAUUCAGAGUGAGAUAGCCAGAUUGCAACGGAAGCGCCCGCAGAGGGGCAGCUCCUAUAACGUCUUGGUGCAGCGUGUCGUCGAGGAGUGCCGGUUACUUGCACCAGCGGGGCAACCGUUCUCCCAGGCGGACAUCCACUUCAUCAUGCAAUGCGUCGUGCCCGCGGAAUGGGGCGAGCACGGCCACGCCGAUAGGCAGGCAUUGCGUGAGAUGGCCAGGAGUCGCGCCGUGGAAAAAGCGGCUGCCAUUCAAGCUUGCAUUGCAGAUUUGCAGGAGCAGCUGUGCGCCCAUCGGGAGGCUCGCGAUGCGGGCGCCGCGGUGCGCGGGGCUUUGUUCAGAAGCUCGAACUGUAGGUUGGGGCCGCAGGCGUUGGCGCUGGCAGAGCGGUUGUGGGAGGGAGUGUCCGACAGGGAGGUUGGGGAGUUGCGAGCGACAGCGCUCGAGGACCCUGGGCCGGUCGACCCCCAGCUGAUGGCGCGUUUGAGGAGAAUCCCGCACGUGGACUAUUGGGACGAGAGGCCUAGGCCCGCGUGGCUGAGAUCCACUGUGUUGAACGGAGACAUAUUUUCCAACACGUUGCUGUUGAUCGGCGACGGGGACGAUGCCUUGGCGUAC